CUGCUGGCACCGUGGAAGGAGGGUCGUCACACGCACGCACAUACACGGCUCUCGGCACUACCUUUCCAUCUCGCACAAACUGCAAGAUUUGUAAAACGAACACUGAGCAUCGAGGAUCCUUUUUUUUUGAGCAGAUGGACAUCCUUCGAUAACCAGCUCCGCGCAAUAAACAGUGCGCAACUGGAGCGGAGCGGGUUUCCUUCACUGUGUCAUCACAAGUGGGACGAGGGGACUGGAGCGAUUCAACAACAACAAGCAUUUUCUGAGUCUGAGUGUGUGUUGAAAUUCCUCAGCACUCGUAUAGCGAAGCGUGCACACACUGUGUGGUUUUUCUCUGUUUUCUCGGAGGAGAGAAUCCUUCCAGGAGAGCCAAACUUGCGCUGGCGCAUGCAGUCAUCCUUUUCCACAGCUCCAGCUCCGGCUCGGCUGUUGCCGUGGCACCUGCAGACAGACAGCUCCGUCCUUAGGAGGGUUUACACACACUCCUGCAGGGGGGAUUGUUGCAGUUUGCAUUCGCAGGUGUUUUCGCUGAUCCGCGUGUGACGGACUGGGAGGCUUCAUUCUGAUCGAGUCAUUCUAAGACUUGUAUACGAAAGAGAGAAAAAGAAAAGAGACACCCAGGGAGCGCGAUGCACCAAGUACAAUGAGUGCAGAGUGGUCGCAGUUAUCAAAUUUCACAUGUGCCACCGAAUUCAAUUUUGAUGAGCAAUUGUGACUUCUAUUUGGAAUUUUUGUAAAAGUGGAUCUCUCGACUUUGCAGCCAUGCGAGAUACUUGGCUGUGUCCCCGGAGUGCCAUUACGGAAUACUGGACAUCGCUGAUUGCAUGUCUCUUUUGGAUUCAGUACUCUAAUGGGAUGCCUCAUGUUAUACGAAUAGGUGGUAUAUUCGAACAAACAGAUGGACCUGUUUCGCUUGUUAGUGCUGAGGAGCUUGCCUUUAAAUUCGCCGUCAAUAAUAUUAACAGAAACAGGACUUUGUUGCCAAACACAACAUUAACGUAUGACAUACAGAGGAUUAAUAUCUAUGACAGCUUUGAGGCUUCAAGAAAAGCUUGUGACCAGCUGUCCUUAGGCGUGGUUGCAAUAUUUGGGCCUUCACAUAGCUCGUCAUCAAACGCCGUGCAGUCCAUCUGCAAUGCACUGGAAGUGCCGCACAUCCAGGUGCGGUGGAAACAUCACCCCAUGGACAACAGGGAUAGCUUUUACGCCAAUUUAUACCCAGAUUACUCAUCCCUAAGCUACGCUAUCCUGGACCUGGUGCAGUAUCUCAAAUGGAAAACAGCCACUGUUGUAUAUGAUGAUAGCACAGGUCUUAUAAGACUGCAGGAGCUGAUAAUGGCUCCGUCCAGGUACAACAUCCGACUAAAGAUCCGCCAGCUUCCCCUCGACACGCAGGAUACAAGGCCUCUUCUGAAAGAAAUGAAAAGAAGUCGGGAGUUUCGCAUCAUCUUUGACUGCGGUCACCACAUGGCUGCACAGAUUCUGAAACAGGCCCAGACCAUGGGGAUGAUGACAGAGUAUUACCACUAUAUCUUCACCACUCUGGACCUGAUGGCCAUCGACCUGGAGCCUUAUCGCUUCUGCGGCGUCAACAUGACCGGCUUCCGCAUCCUCAAUGUGGAUAAUCCCCAGGUUGCGUCUAUAGUGGAGAAAUGGUCAAUGGAAAGGCAGAUACCGCCGAAACCUGAUUCAGGCCUGCUGGAGGGCGUCAUGACGACAGACGCAGCUCUGACCUAUGACGCAGUCCACAUUGUAUCCGUCUCCUACCAGCACGCUCCACAGAUGACCGUAAACUCUCUGCAGUGCCACCGCCACAAACCCUGGAGGUUUGGAGGGCGCUUCAUGAGUUUCAUCAAAGAGUCACACUGGGAUGGUCUGACUGGAAGACUGUCCUUCAACAAAACGACUGGUCUCCGCACAGACUUUGACCUGGACAUCGUCAGCCUCAAGGAGGACGGACUUGAAAAGGUGGGGAAGUGGAGUGUGUCAGGAGGUCUUAAUAUCACGGAAGUACCGAAACGUAAAGGGAUGAACAUCACGGAUUCUCUGGCUAACCGAUCCCUCGUCAUCACCACCAUUCUGGAGGAGCCAUAUGUCAUGCUUAGGAAAUCUGACAAGGCGCUGGUUGGGAACGACCGUUUUGAGGGAUUCUGCAUCGACUUACUGAAAGAGCUGGCCAACGUCCUGGGCUUCACGUAUGAGAUCCGCCUGGUUCCUGAUGGGAGAUACGGCUCUCAGGAUGACAAGAGCCAGUGGAAUGGCAUGAUUAGGGAACUUAUCGAACAUAGGGCUGACUUGGCCGUGGCCCCUCUCACCAUCACCUACACACGUGAGAAGUUCAUCGACUUCUCCAAGCCCUUCAUGAGCACAGGCAUCGGCAUCCUGUACCGCAAACCCAACGCCACCAACAACGGCUUCUUCUCCUUUCUGAACCCCAUGACUCCAGACAUCUGGGUCUAUAUUCUUCUGGCCUACCUGGGUGUGAGCUGUGUUCUGUUUGUCAUUGCUAGGUUCAGCCCGUAUGAAUGGUACGAUGCCCAUCCCUGUAAUCCGGGAUCAGACGUGGUGGAAAACAACUUCACCCUCCUCAAUAGCUUCUGGUUUGGAGUUGGUUCCUUGAUGCAGCAAGGCUCAGAACUGAUGCCCAAAGCCCUGUCGACCAGGAUAAUUGGUGGAAUCUGGUGGUUCUUCACACUCAUCAUCAUAUCGUCUUAUACAGCUAAUUUAGCAGCUUUUCUCACUGUGGAGAGGAUGGACACACCAGUGGACUCCGCUGACGACAUUGCCAAGCAGACCAAGAUUGAAUAUGGAGUGGUUAAAGAUGGGGCAACAAUGGCUUUCUUCAAGAGAUCAAGGGUUUCCACGUUCGAGAAGAUGUGGGCCUUUAUGAGCAGCAGGCCAAGAACAUCACUCGUGAAGUCGAUUGAGGAUGGGAUUCAAAGAGUGUUGAAAUCAGACUACGCCCUCCUGACGGAGUCCACUACUAUCGACUACAUCACUAGGAGAAACUGUAACCUGACGCAGGUGGGAGGGAAUAUUGACAGCAAAGGCUAUGGCAUUGGCACUCCCCUGGGCUCCCCAUACAGGGACAAAAUCAGCAUAGCAAUCCUCAGCAUCUUGGAAGACGGUCGCCUCCACAUGCUGAAGGAAAAGUGGUGGAGCGGGAACAGCUGCUUGGAUGAAGAGCGUCGCGAGACGGGCCCGUUGGGUAUCCAGAACCUGGGUGGUAUAUUCAUUGUGCUGGCUUGUGGCCUGGUGCUGUCUGUCUUUGUGGCAAUUGCUGAAUUCAUCUACAAGCUAAGGAAGACUGCAGAACGUGAGCAGAGGUCUUUGUGCAGUGCCAUGGUGGACGAGAUCAGACUGUCGUUCACCUGCGAGAGACGGGUGAAACACAAGCCUCAGCCUCCAGUCAUGGUGAAGACAGAUGCAGUGAUCAACAUGCACGCCUACAACGACCGACGACUCCCAGGAAAGGACAACAUGAGCUGCAGCACUGGGAUGACGCCUGUGUUCCCAUGACAAUGUGCUCCCCACAGGCCAAAAGCCUCCUGAGCAACGUAUCAGGGGUGGUGCCAGAGCCUAGAGACAAUGGCAUAGACGGGAUCACCAGAUACACCAUCAACCACAGUGAUAUCGGGACACUGACAAAACACGGGCAAC